AUGGUGAACUUCACUAUCGAAGAGAUCCGUGCACUUAUGGAUCGCAAAAAAAAUAUUCGUAACAUGUCCGUCAUCGCCCACGUCGACCACGGAAAAUCUACCCUUACUGACUCACUUGUCUCAAAGGCUGGUAUUAUAGCCGGAGCGAAAGCCGGAGAGACUCGUUUCACUGACACCCGUAAAGAUGAGCAGGAGAGAUGUAUUACAAUUAAAUCCACUGCCAUUUCUAUGUUCUUUGAACUCGAGAGGAAGGACAUUGAGUUUAUCAAGGGAGAGCAGCAAGUUGAAGUCACGGAGGUGGACGGAAAGAAGGAAAAGUUCAAUGGUUUCCUGAUCAAUUUGAUCGAUUCUCCUGGUCACGUUGACUUCUCUUCUGAAGUAACUGCUGCCCUUCGUGUCACUGAUGGAGCUCUCGUCGUCGUGGACUGCGUAUCUGGAGUGUGCGUCCAAACUGAGACUGUGCUUCGUCAGGCCAUAGCUGAACGUAUUAAGCCCAUUUUGUUCAUGAAUAAAAUGGACCGUGCCCUUCUCGAGCUGCAGCUGGGAGCCGAAGAACUGUUCCAGACGUUCCAGCGCAUUGUUGAAAACAUCAACGUUAUUAUCGCAACAUACGGAGAUGAUGACGGUCCAAUGGGAGCCAUCAUGGUAGAUCCUUCAGUAGGUAAUGUCGGUUUUGGUUCUGGUCUCCACGGUUGGGCCUUCACGCUGAAGCAGUUUGCCGAGAUGUACGCCGACAAAUUCGGAGUCCAGGUUGACAAACUGAUGAAGAACCUUUGGGGUGAUCGAUUCUUCGACCUCAAGACAAAGAAAUGGAGUUCACAGCAGAGCGAAGGCGCGAAGAGAGGAUUCAAUCAGUUCGUGUUGGACCCUAUUUUCAAGGUUUUCGAUGCCGUCAUGAACAUCAAGAAAGAUCAAGUUGAGGCUCUUAUUGUCAAGUUAGGAAUCAAGCUAGCUCAUGACGAGAAAGAUCUGGAGGGCAAACCUUUAAUGAAGGUAUUCAUGAGGAAAUGGCUUCCUGCUGGAGAUACCAUGCUGCAAAUGAUUUGUAUCCACUUGCCGUCUCCAGUAACUGCUCAAAAGUACAGAAUGGAGAUGCUUUAUGAAGGUCCGCAUGACGACGAAGCAGCUGUUGCCAUUAAGAACUGUGACCCCAAUGGCCCAUUGAUGAUGUACGUAUCGAAAAUGGUACCGACUUCCGACAAGGGACGAUUCUACGCUUUCGGACGUGUGUUCUCUGGAAAGGUCGCCACUGGAAUGAAAGCCAGGAUCCAAGGACCGAAUUACAUCCCAGGAAAGAAGGACGAUCUGUACGAGAAGACCAUUCAACGAACCAUCCUUAUGAUGGGUCGUUACAUUGAGCCCAUCGAGGACAUUCCAUCCGGAAACAUUGCUGGUCUUGUUGGUGUUGAUCAAUAUCUAGUCAAGGGAGGAACUAUCACGACUUUCAAGGAUGCCCACAACAUGCGAGUGAUGAAAUUCUCCGUUUCACCUGUCGUCCGUGUUGCUGUUGAAGCGAAAAAUCCCGCUGAUCUGCCCAAAUUGGUUGAAGGAUUGAAGCGUCUUGCCAAAUCCGAUCCUAUGGUGCAGUGCAUCUUCGAAGAAUCUGGUGAACACAUUAUUGCCGGUGCCGGAGAACUUCAUCUUGAAAUUUGCCUGAAGGAUCUUGAAGAGGACCAUGCUUGUAUCCCAAUCAAGAAGUCGGACCCUGUUGUGUCAUAUAGGGAAACAGUUGCAGAAGAGUCUAACCAAGUUUGCUUGUCGAAGUCACCGAAUAAGCACAACCGUUUGCAUGCCACCUGUAAACCAAUGCCCGAUGGUCUAGCUGAUGAUAUUGAAAAUGGAACUGUCAACGCUCGUGAUGAGUUCAAAGCUCGUGCCAAGAUUCUCGCUGAGAAAUAUGACUACGACGUCACUGAAGCACGUAAAAUCUGGUGCUUUGGCCCUGACGGAACUGGUCCUAACAUUCUAGUCGACGUUACAAAGGGAGUACAAUAUUUGAAUGAAAUCAAGGAUUCGGUCGUUGCUGGAUUCCAAUGGGCAACAAGAGAAGGAGUUCUGGCUGACGAACACAUGCGCGGAAUUCGUUUUGACAUCCAAGAUGUAACACUUCACGCUGACGCUAUCCACAGAGGUGGUGGCCAAAUCAUCCCAACUGCUCGUCGUGUAAUUUAUGCAUCUGUACUCACUGCUGCACCACGACUUCUGGAACCCGUUUACCUCGUUGAAAUUCAAUGUCCUGAGGUUGCCGUUGGUGGUAUCUAUGGUGUGCUCAAUCGUCGAAGAGGACACGUGUUCGAAGAGUCACAGGUCACCGGAACUCCUAUGUUUGUUGUCAAAGCCUACCUUCCCGUCAACGAAUCAUUUGGUUUCACUGCCGAUCUUCGUUCGAAUACCGGUGGUCAAGCUUUCCCUCAAUGUGUGUUUGAUCACUGGCAAGUUCUACCAGGAGACCCACUGGAGCCCGGUACUAAGCCUAACCAAGUUGUUCUGGAGACAAGGAAGCGUAAAGGACUCAAGGAGGGCGUGCCCGCUCUUGACAACUACCUUGACAAAAUGUAA